AUGUCAACUACUCUAGCAACAUCAUCCAGGAACAAUAGCCAGUCUACCUACCCCAGUGCCAAUGCUGUUCUGUUGGACAAUGGCAACAGUGCCUACACUUCACCAUCAAUGGGAGCAGUAGUAGGUUCCAGCACAAUAACCGCGACUGCCCCGAAGGAACCAUCGUUCCACGACCAAUAUGCCACUGCCCAAGUGGUAGGAGCAGAUGUUUCUCCUUUCAGCACACGGUUAGCCCAUGCUACUGAAACGCAUGCGACUGCCACGGCCUUGGAUCCCUGGAGCAAGCAAAAGACGGUUGCCACUGAACAAGAACAACAAAGUUCUGAGAAUGCCAGGCCUACCUUUGUUUACAGCCCACCACCAUAUUCGGGCUAUACUUCUCCGAACGAUUAUGGCAAUAACCAUGGCAAUGACAACAAUGGUAUUAAUGUUAAUGCCAAUAACAACAAUGAAACAGCUGUCCUACCAGCUGCCGCAUUGGAAGAUCCUCUCCGCAAAAAGUACCGACGCCGGACUCGUCGUCGUGGCCGCAUGCUUGUUGGAGGUGCCGCCGGCUUUGUGGUGGGAAGUAUCUUAUUGGGACCGAUCGGAGCCGUCGCCUUGGGCAUUGGAGGUGCCAGUGUCGUUAAAUCCGCUAGCAAGGCGAGAGAACGUCGAAAGGAUCGUAGGGUCCAACGACAGAUUCAACAAUUUCAAAGGCAAAGGGAACAGGGAGACCUUCAACGUAUUGCUAUUUCCCGGCGAUAG